GUGCAGUGUAAAGUCGGCCUCGAGUGUCAGUAUUUUUAUGUUCACAGCCAUUUACACCCUGUAUAAGUUUACUGAAACUUACUAAUUUGAUAAAACUGAUCUGAUUUUGAGAUGUAGUCUUUUUCUUCCUUCAACCCAGCUCCAUUCGUUCAUCUUGGCCAUACGGACUGAGUCCCGGCAGUCUUUCCAGUAACGACUAUUGGGGUCACUCGUUUUGGGACACGGAGACAUGGAUGUAUCCAACGUUACUGAUGUUGUAUCCAGAGCUAGCUCGUAGUCUUGUCUUGUAUAGGUUUCAACGUAUGGGGGCGGCUAGGAAGAAUGCCAAGACUCAUAAUGUAUCGGGUAGGUCGGCAGAUUUGGGAGGAAUGUCUGCAAUGAAAAUAAAGAUUUAAUUUUAAUGAUGGAUCAUAGUCAGUCAAGAUAUAUAGAAUUUCCAAAUUCAGCAAACUUCAAGGUCAUUUUAAAGGCUUGUCUACACCGCUUGAAAUUUUUGCGUGCUGCGAUUUCUAGUUUCUACUGCGAUUUUCUUCUUAUGGGGCCGGUUGUCCAAAGAUGGGUUAGCUGAUCCUAGGUUAACGUAAAAUUUAAAGCAAACUUCCUGACAGCUUGUCUAUAAAUUUGGAAAUAUUUCUUCAGAAAUCUUGUCUGGAUCGAUAGGAGUUUACUUCUCUGAAGUCUUGAAAUAAACACGUACAGAAAUAUACAAACUAAAACAGCAGGUUAAAAUUAACCCAGGGUUAGCGCUAACCCACCUUUGAACAACUGGCCCCUGAUGGAUGUGGACGAGUAGAUGCAUGAUCGAGUCGUGAAUGUUCCACUGAGUAUGUGUACCCGCUUCUGCACAUUCUAUAACUCGUUCAGGCGGAAUGGCGGGCCUUAAUAAGCUACGAUUUUAUGUUGAGACAGCCUUAUCUUUCAAAAAUUCGCUUAUUAAUACCGAACUUUAAGCAAGUGAUGUUAAGAUAUGUUUGUAUCAGUUUGUGGUAAUCUUCAACACAUCUGACAAAAUGCAAGAUUUUUAAAGUUUUUUUUGCUUCCUUGAAGUCCCAUUUACACUUGUAAUUUUUUCUGCGAUUUUUCUUCUUCCGAUAGAUCGCAGCAAAAAUUAUACAGUGUAAACGGCCCUUACACGAGUGCUAUGAUGCAAAAUGCCACUAUGUGAUUUGAUGAGAUGAAGCCAUCGGAUAUUCGCUUCAUUAUGUUAUUAAACAUAUAUUAUCUUAAAGUGCCUAUGACACGAAAUUUCACCCCAAAUGUUUAUGAUUGCAUUGUAAAGAUCACUUAAAAUGACUUAAUAAUUUCUUUUAUAGAAUUUUGGUAACUUGCUUCCUUUGCAAGAUAUUCAACUUUGUUUCAUAUGCAAAUAUCACCGGUGUGACAUAUCACAUCGCAUAAUGACAUUUUGAAAACGCAAUAUUUUACCUUGAUAAAAUAUUUUUACAAACAAAUACAGAGUGUUAAUUACCAGUUAUGAAAUUAAUACAUAUACAAGGGCAAUUUUGAAGUAUUUUAGAUACGUAUUCGUCAAGAAAACUAUACUUUUCUGAAAACUCAUUAUGUGAUGUGAUGUCACACCGGUGAUAUUUGCAUAUGAAACAAAGUUGAAUAUCUUGAAAAUGGAGCAAGUUACCAAAAUUCUAUAAAAGAAAUUAUUAAGUCAUUUUAAGUGAUCUUUACAAUGCAACCAUAAACCUUUGGAGUGAAAUUUCGUGUCAUAGGCACUUUAACCGUGUACAAUGCAAGUUUGCAUAAACAUGGCCAAAAAGAUAGAACAAAGACUUUUGCAGUGUUUCAAAACAAUAUCUUGAUUGACUAUGCAUUGGUCGACCUAAUUUUAAAGUCUACGAAAGAUAAAUUAUUUAUCAAGAUACAUCAUUCGACUGAUGGACAUCGCCGUGUAAAUACUAAAUCAAGGACGCGACAGACAAACUGUAAAUGGCUCUGGGAACAUGGACAUAUCAUGUCUAUCACGCCGGAUAUUUUGCUCAUAGUUCGUCUGCCAUUCUGUCAAUAUCAUCCAUCUUAGUGUAACACGCGAUGAAUCAAAUAGAAUAGUGCUAUCAUUUAUUACAAUGGCGUAGCCAGCCCGACGAUUUGGCCCCGCUAUGCAAAUUUCAACUCAUCAUUAUUCAUUUCUUUAGAAAUUGAUUGUGUUGAUAGUUUAUAAACAUGGCAAUAUUUGCAUAGCAGGACUGAAUCGUUGGGCUGGCUACGCCAGUGGCUUUGGGAACAAAUCCUGCCUAAUAUUUGCCAGAUCUACUAAUUUUGCCGGGCGUAUAGUUGCCCGGGAAAAGAAGCCACUUUUUGUACUAUUCAAGAAUUUUCAAGCGGUUUUCAUAUCCGACUUUACCUAAUAAACGAGCAAAAUUUUCUUUAUCAAAUUUCCAGGUACAAUGUUUCCAUGGGAAAGUGCUUUCACUGGCUGUCCAGUCUGCCCUGAAGAAGUUUACUCUAAUUACGAAAUUCACGUCAACGGUGACAUUGGUUUCGCUGUGGAACAAUACUGGAUGGUAACACACGACCAAGAAUGGUUGAAAGAAGUCGGCAUUCCUUUAAUUUCCGGUAUCGCGGAAUUCUGGGCUAGCCGUGUGACGUAUGAUGACGUGGCAAACGAUUACGUCAUCAACGCUGUGAUGUGCCCGGAUGAAUACCAUUCCAACGUGAAUAAUUCAGCAUUCACAAACGCGGUUGCUAAGCGGAAUCUCGAAUUCGCGAGCAAGGUUGUGCCAUCCGCGCCCGCGACUUGGUCAGACAUUGCACAGCGGUUACGCAUCCCAUACAACACUACGCUUCGGUAUCACCCGGAAUACGACGGAUAUAAUUUAAACGUUACUGUCAAGCAGGCUGAUGUGAUUUUACUCGGUUACCCUUUGAUGUUUAACAUGACCCAAGAAGUACGCGAAAACGAUUUAGUUAUUUACGAGCCACGAACGGAUCCCGACGGCCCGGCGAUGACUAAAGCGAUGUUUGCUAUUGGUUGGUUGGAACUCGGAAACGUCCGGAAUGCUUCGACAUCGUUUCGGGAGAGUUACCAAAACGUGCGCGAACCUUUCAAGGUCUGGACCGAGUACCCAUCAGGGGACGGGGCAGUAAAUUUUAUCACGGGGAUGGGUGGCUUUCUACAAGCAGUUGUCUUUGGUUACGGAGGUUUACGAUUACAUCCCGAUGAAAUCCGACUGAAUCCGAAACUUCCCGAAAACGUGACCAAAUUGUGUGUUCGUGGUUUGCAUUAUCGGGGGAAUGUGAUUGAUUUCACUAUUGGGUCGACUGAAAGUGAGAUUUGCGUCAGGUCUGCAGAUAUUGAAGCGAGGUUGCUGGUGUUGCAGGAUGUUGAAAGCGGGGAAGAAUAUUACUUGGAUGUUGGAAAAGUUGUUACGUUUAGGAAUGGUCCUGUUAUUGUUAGAGAAUAUGAACAAAACACUGUGGUGACAUAAGUCAUAUUGGAGUGUAUAAAAAAACGAGCCCUUUAGGAAUGAAGCUAUCGGCACAGAAUAAAGAUCAGUAACAGAAGGGCCACUCAGCGGUGCAACAUGUCCUCGUUUUUUUUAUGCAAAAAUAUGCAGUUUACUGGCCAGAAGGCGGAGCAGCCAGCCAGUACGGCGUGUUUAUUGGGCAGAAAAUGUCAUUGACUGACUAGGAAAAUGGCGGCCAACAUGCGUAAUGCGUCAUGCGCGAGGCCCUUCUAUAUGGAUCUUUAUUCUUUGCUAUUGGAAUUUGAAUCCAUAGCACUAUGCUGAACCCAAGAUUACGUAAAACAGAAUACAAGUGAAUUUUAUGCAUGACGAAGUUAUUUAAAACUUUAACUUGGUUUCGUCCAACAUAUAUAAAUUAUGUGCUGAUUAAUUUAACGCAGCGGUAAAACAGUAAAAACUCGUUGCUUUGUGGUCAGUUGAAUCAUUUUUAUUCUAACUGAUAUGACUAAUGACAAUUUUGUAUGCAGUUAUGCUCUUUCAUACGAUUAGAAGCUAUUUCAAAUUCCCAGGAGCAUAAAUUCUUGUGCUUAACAACAAUAGUUUGAUUUCUAAAGCUCUCAUUUUUUUGAUCCUGAAAUUCACAUUCGAAAUUUCAAUCUACAAAACCCUUUAACAUUGAAAUGCUCAAAUAGUGAAGCGGAUAUGUGUAAAAUUAUUGAUCAGUAGUUCCCAUUGAGUUUAAAAGCAUCAAACUUUUACAAUUGAUGUAGUUUUAUUUGCUUAAUAGAUAUUUGAAGUAGGGCCAUCGCUAUUUUGUGGCUAACUCCUGAAAACGGGUGAUUAGUGAUUUUCUUCUAUUGAAUAUAUUCUAUUAUAGC